AUGGCUCCAGCUAAGGACGCUACCGGCGACGUCGCGUGUAAGAAGAACAAGGGCCUGAAGAACCACAGGAAGGCGCAGAAAGAGAAGGCGCUGGCGAAGCGCACCGCCGCCGCCGGGAAGUUCACCGCGAACAAGGCUUCGUACGCGCCGGUCGCUACCAUCAUUAUCAAUAAGAUUGCACCUGUAGGAGGGGAUGUUAUCGGAAAUGCAGGACCGGCGCCCAUGGUAAAGGACUCUGCGCAGACUUUCGUGGAGUCGUCCGAUGUUUCUCGAGACGAGUCGGCCACUGACGAGACGGCUCUCAUCAACGUCGAGGCCAUCACUGGAACGCACACCACCACCGGUACGAAGCCCGCUACGCCGCAACCGCACCUCUGCACACAUUUGCCCGUGGUUGUGUUCGAAGACGUUCCUACUGGCCCCAAAGACAACGCUCCAACCAAGGUAGCCGGCAACCCUACCAAACUCGAGCAAGAACCCAAUAGUAUAUCUUAUCCCAAGACUGCUCCUCCUCUUCCAGAACUCAACAUCUUACAACCAAGCAUUGCCCCUCCUCCUCCAAAACCCAACACCACACAAACCAGCAUGCUCAACCCCACCGCCCCAGCAUUCCUCUUCGGAAAGAUCGUAGUCGCCCAAACCCCACCCGCCGUCCAAACCACCCUCACAAAGCAAGACACCGCCCCAGGAUGGCCUACCGAAAAAGCAAAAGCAUUUGAAAAGGCAUAUGGUGUUGUCGCCUCUCGCAAGGCUCUUGAAGCCGCGCUGUACGAAAACAUGGAGACGCCGCGCCAGAGGCUGAUUCGCUGCAAGUACAGGGUUUCUGUUGACGCCGAGUUCCAUCGGGAGAAGCCGGUGUAUGACUUGGAGUGGGCAUUGGCACUCAAUGGCAAGCCAGUUCGCAAGUGUUUUGACGACAACGGCUUUGUGAUCACGCCGAUUAAGACUGGGCUGACUGAAGCUGAUUUGACGGUUCCAUCCGCACUCGACGAGUUAUUUGCGAAAGUCAAGGCUGAAGGCAUCUCCAAGAUCAGCGCUCCCAUCUCCACAGGUUACAAAUCCCCCAUCUCCGGUGCUGUAUCAACAAAGCCGCCAAUUCCGUCUCGUACUCUGUCGUCCGUCGAGAAAGAAAUGCGUCUCGCCGCCCCAAAACGCCCUUCCCACGCACCCUCGUUCGCAGACCCCGGUAUCGUCAAAUACACCUUCAACGGCCAGGAUUUCGACAACGUCGGCAACCCGCUCACGGAAACCGUGAGCCAAAAGGUACUCGGUUGGCUUGAAGACCAGCCAACGGAUCCACCGGAACUCUCACCGGGUUCUUCGCGGCGGCAGAGCCGGGAGUCGUCGCCGCUUGAGCCUGGGAAGGGAGUCGUGGCUUUGACGUUUUGUUCAAAGUCUGAGUCGGAGGGAGGACAGGUUUGGCCUGCGCAGGAGAGCUUGCCUUGGGGGAAUGGGCAGGAUGGGUAUACGCAUGGGUCUGGGAUUCCGGUGUAUCCGUGUGUUGCUUCUGUUGUUCGGGUUGAGGAUGUUCGUCCUGGUUCAUGCGGAUAG